AUGCUUGCGCGCUCGGAAGAUGACGGCAGGAUAAAAACCGUGAAGCUCGCGAGAGGUCAAGCGAGCAGCCCUGCGCGGCCACCAGGCUCUGCUUCGAGCAGGAAUUCCAGCGAACAGUACAGCCGUAGCCUGUCCGCUCGGGAAAACACUAUCCAGAAUAGCGCACAUAUACUAGCGGAUGUAGGCAUCCUGGAGCUUUUGCAACAGGACGAGCGCCCUACAUUCAUCAUCGACGUUGCAGAUGCUGCCAAUUCCCAAUCUGGUUUCCUGAAUUUGAUAUUCGCGAACACUGCUUUGAAGAUCCGUCCUAGCCUGCUUGAGCACGUACGAGGCGUUGGUGAUGACUCUUCCCAAGCUAUUGCGAGUCCUUCUGCAUUCGUCGAAUUCAAGCGAUGGGCAAUGAGCUUUGUGAAAGAGGGCGAAGCCCUGACCAUUUCGUUGCCGACAUAUUCAUAUGCGGGAUUCAUAUGGACCUCGUCGACAUUGCGAAAGCGCAUUCGAGUUAUUGCCUGUGAUCCAAGUUACGCCCCUGCUACAUUGACCGGAUCUUCCAAUCAAUCAGAUCUGCGCCUUUUCAAUGGACUGAGCUCGUCAUCCCUAGGAAGCUCAGAGACUACAAAGCAAGAAUUGGCGGGCUACUUCGAUCAAGCACAUUCAGCUCGAGGUGUGCGCACUUCUACGGAUCCUACGAGUCUGCCAAAUCAGGAUUCUAUUGAAGCACUUAGCUGGGAACAGUCAAAAGGCUUCACUCGUGUGCCUUCCAUCGGUACUAACGGCGAUAUAGAGAGCAUGGAAGUAUUGAUGAGCCCUGGAUCGCUAAAAGAACAGACAGAACCCUACCAGCCUUUGGAGGCAUCAGACUUGCCUAAGGACUCCGAAGCACAUUACAUCAUUCCUGGUCAGGGAUUCUUCGAUUGGACAAGGCUUCCGGAAUCGUCAGCUUUCCCUCCGCACAUUCGAUUCGCUCGUAGUGUGAAUUGGGCGGCGACCAGUCUGGGGCCGAUUGAAAACUGGGACUCGGAUCUACGAGCCAUGUGCAAUCUGAUUAUGGCUAGUCCUCAUCCAGCUGCCAUGUAUUGGGGUCCUGAUCUGAUCGCCAUCUACAAUGAGGCUUACAUACUCCUCGCGGGCAACAAGCAUCCGGCACUGAUGGGUCAGAGUUAUAGGGAGGCAUGGGGGGAGAUUUGGGACGCGGUCAAAGACGUGUUCGCCAGCGCAGUAUCCAGCGCCCAAGCCACAAUGAAGGACGAUGACCGUCUCUUCAUGAAUCGAGACGGAACGUUUCUGGAGGAAACGUACUUUUCAUGGUCGAUCAUUCCUCUCAUAGGGGCCGAUGGAUCGGUUGUCGGACUUUAUAAUCCAGCAUUCGAAAAGACCCGUCGAAAGAUUGCGGAAAGACGUAUGCUUACCCUCAGAGAGAUAGGAGAACAAACGGCGGCCGCCCGAGAAGUGUCGAAGUUCUGGCCAUUGUUACUGCAAGGCCUAGAGUAUAAUAAGCUAGACGCUCCUUUUGUCUUGAUAUAUUCAGUAGCCGAGGAUGCGGACAGUGACGAUUCGUCGGUACAAUCAAGCAGCGUGGUUACUCAGAAGACGCUUGUGCUUGAGGGUUCGCUAGGUGUUCCAGCAGGUCACAAAGCAGCUCCUGAGCAGAUUGACUUGAGCAAGACCAUGGAGGGCUUUGCGCCUAUUUUCCGAGAUGCUGUCAAAACCGACAAGCCCAUCAUUCUAUCGGAGAAAGACGGUACUCUAGACACCGAGCUUCUAACAGGAAUCCAGUGGCGAGGCUAUGGCGAUCCAUCAUCCACCGUGGUGAUUUGUCCAAUACAUCCAACAACCGGAGAAUCAACAUUAGGAUUUUUGGUGAUGGGUACGAAUCCGAGAAGGCCGUUCGAUGAUGACUACGACCUCUUUGUACAAUUACUUGCGCGUCAACUGGCAACCUCGGUGGCCUCCGUGGUCUUGUUCGAAGAAGAAAUCAAAAGGGGGGAGCGAGCGGCUCAAUUAGCAGCCCAAGACCGCCUGCACCUAUCAAACGAGCUGGCCGAGAGUGAGAUCAAAUUCACGCGCAUGGCUGAGUUAUCUCCUGUUGGUAUGUUUGUUGCAGAUGCAUCCGGACGGCUCAAUUAUUGCAACAAUACCUGGUACGACCUGUCUUCUGUUCCAAAGAGUAGCUCAGUUGUCGAAGUCGAAGAAUGGAUGAAGUAUGUCGCAGACGAAGACAAGUCUCUGACAGCCCGACAAUUGCGAAAAUUACUAGACGAAAAGGUACCAAUUUCCGUUGAAUUUCGCUUCAAAACACCAUGGCAGGCUAAAGACGGCAAUCGGUUGAGUGAGACAUGGGUGCUCGCUAGUGCUUACCCUGAAAAGUACCCAGAUGGCCAGGUCAAGCGUAUCUUUGGAUCAGUUACAAACAUCAGUACUCAGAAAUUCGCCGAAGAGCUGCAGAAGCGUAGAAUGGAGGAGGCAGUCGAAUUGAAGCGGCAGCAGGAGAAUUUCAUUGACAUCACGAGCCAUGAAAUGCGCAACCCCUUAUCAGCCAUCCUUCAAUGUUCCGAGGAAAUCUCGUCCUCUCUGACAGAGGCGAGAGAUAACCCUGAACUCCUGUCUGAUGUGCUGGACAGCAACAUCGAGGCUGCCCAGACGAUCACUCUUUGUGCACAACAUCAAAAGCGGAUUGUGGAUGAUGUUCUCACCUUGAGCAAGCUCGAUUCUGCUCGGUUGUUGGUGACCCCUGUCGAUGUCCAGCCAGGCACUGUGGUGCAGCGCGCACUGAAGAUGUUUGAAGGAGAGUUUUUGACAGCCGACAUCUUGCUCGACUUCCAGAUCGACCCAUCCCUUCACACGCUCCGUGUCGACUGGGUACGGCUCGACCCAUCUCGUCUUCUCCAAGUACUCAUCAAUUUGACCACGAAUGCGAUCAAAUUUACCACGACUCAGGAGAAGCGAUCCAUCAUCGUGCGCCUGGGUGCGUCCUUGCAACCGCCGCCCAAUACGCCAGACAAAACCGUGGACUAUGUUCCGUCUCGAAGCAAAGGCAAAGACACCACAUCCUCACCAGAGUGGGGUACAGGGGAGGUGGUAUACAUAACAUUUGCUAUUCGAGACACAGGCCGGGGGUUGACGGAAAGCGAGAAAAAGCUGCUGUUCCUCAGGUACCCAGGCCCUCUCCUGCUUGACCUUGUCACAUUCGAGCUCAUGCUAACCGUGCUUCUCAGGUUCUCUCAAGCCAGUCCUAGAACGCACGUUACUUAUGGUGGAUCGGGUCUUGGGUUGUUCAUUUCGAAGGAGCUGGUCGAGCUUCAAGGUGGUGAGAUCGGAGUCUCUUCAGAAAGUGGCAGAGGGAGCACGUUUGCCUUUUACGUGAAAGCUCGACGCUCAUCUGCACCCUCGGAAGACGCCGGGGAUCCCUUGAGCGCCAUGCAGGCACGCAAAGGGUCAGGGCCAAAUAACAUACGACCAUCUGGGACGAAUCAGAAUGCUAGUGAUCCAGCAAGCGCUGCCGUCACGUCCAUUUCAGCCAUACCUCCGGAUGCUGCAGAAAGCUCGUUGAGAGUUCUGAUUGUGGAGGACAAUUUGGUAAACCAAAAGGUGUUGGCGAAGCAGCUACGGAAGAUGGGAUGCGUCAUCUACCUCGCGAACCAUGGAGGAGAAGCAAUUGAUUUUCUGGCUACUUCGCGCUUCUGGAAGGACCAGGAGACCUCUGGUAUCGAGCUCGAUGUAAUCUUGAUGGAUUUAGAAAUGCCUAUCAUGGACGGGUUGACCUGCACGAGAAAGAUCCGAGAGUUACAGCAAUCGAAAGAUCUAGUGAAGCAUGUGCCGGUGAUUGCGGUCACAGCGAAUGCCCGAGAGGAGCAAAUCACCAAAACGAGAGAAGCUGGCGUGGACGAUGUCAUGUCAAAGCCAUUCCGCGUCCCAGAGCUUUUGUUUAAAAUGAGAGGACUAGCAAACCUGAGUCCACCACGAAAUGCAAGUCCUUGA